AUGAUAGCGUUCAGUGUCGCCAGUGUGCUCAUAUUCAGCGGUAUAGUAUUAUUAGGACUAGCGAUAGUUGUGUAUACGGAUGAACCUGCAGCAGCUCAACUGUGUUUUGCUCUGCUAGAUUUACUGGUAGCCCUUUCCACUGCUGCCGGUUACUUCGCCUUUUUACUGGUUUUCAACGAGUGGCGAGAAGCUAUAAGAAGGUAUCCUUUGGCUAUGAAAUUCUGCUAUUGGCUCAUGAUUCGACUGGACGCACCCAGAAAAAGCGUCGACGAGCAUCGUGGUGCAACUGACAAAUAUUUUAAUCAACUGCGACAAGCAUGGAGCUGA